AUGCGAUCCUUCAUAAAUGCACAUAGAAAGUCUGAUUCAGCAGACUUGACUAAUAGUGGUUCUGGCUCCAGAGGGGCACACACUUCGAACACAGCUGGGGGCAGUACGACUCCACCUUCAUCACUACCACCCCAAAGACGCAGCAUUGAUAAUGGUAUAGAUCCUUUCAGUAAUAUUACUGCCCAAGAACUGUUGGAGACGACGCCUCCUCCAUCGAUUCAUCGUAAAUCUAUAUCUCCUUCGAAACAUUCACCUACUUUUGAAUCUUUCCAGAGACUAGCGAACAAAACGAUACUUACGGCUAAACUUUUUAAAAGAACAUCGAAUUCCAACUUGAACGGUUCUUACACUGCGUCGGCUAACGCUAAUCAUGGAAGCCCGCCAGCAUCGUCCGGUGUCGGAUAUAAAAAAGCCAUCACUCAUAGUCCACCAUCAUCACACGGGCCUGUAGCGAAUGCGAACGAUGGAAACACCCUAUUACCAGCAUUAAAUAGCGAUGGUUUUGAGGAGAUGCCAGCAAUAAAGGGUACGAUAACGCAUUCUUGGGGAUCUACGGACUUGAUGAACGACCAUACACAGGUUAUAAAGUUGAAUGAAGGCCUAUCACAACCUGUAAGACAGCCUAAAAGCAAGGAACAACGACAUAGCUUAAACGGUGGGCGUGAAGAGGUGCUAGAUAUCAAAAGAGACAAACCGUAUCGUGAGUCUCUUCAAAGCAACGAGACAACUCCUCGGACUAAAGCAAAGGAACAAAAGUAUAAAAACCGACAAGCAAGAAUCCAUUCUGAUGUAGACUUUGUCAAUUUCAAAAAUACCGUUACUGAUAAGAACUUGGAUGAAAUUUCAAAAGUAGAGCUGCCCCAGAUAACUAUUCAAGAACCAAUAAAACGCGAAAGGACAGAUAUUACGCGAAGAAAACUCCGACUGAAAAGGACACAAAGUAGGGAACCAGCCAGUGACGAAGAGGAACAUCCAAAUGAAACUUUAAGUGGAAGUUCAGACGAAGAAUCAACGACAGACUCUGAAUUUUCUUUCGAGGUAUCCAAAUUAAACGGUAGGACCUCUUCAGUAAAAUACUAUCCAAAACCCGAAGAUGAGGAAGUAGAAGGCGAGAAAGUUUAUAUUGACGAUCUAUAUGAGGAUGAGAACUUUGAUGAAGACAUGAACUUGGACAAUGACAAUAUUCUUGAGGAACUCAAGGCUCUUGCAAGGAAAUCACAAAAUGUGCUUGGCGUAAGGGAUACUUCUUUACAAGCCAAUGAUGUCAUCUCACCGCAAAAUGAUCCUGCAGUGAAUACACCCCAUACAGCAGAAGAUGAAGGAGGCAUCCCUUCCACUUUAGAGAGUAGGAAUAAAAAUAUUUCGAAGUAUGAUGAUCUUUUUGACCUCUCCGAUGACGAAAAUAAUGAAAACACGAGCGAAGACAUUUCUACAAAUACGCAAGCUUUUCGAACUGCCAGUGAAACACCAAAAGAUAUAUCUACUACGAAGAUAAGCUCGUACAAUGAUCUAUUCAGUUUAUCUGAUGACGAAGAUAGCUCAGACGUCCAGUCUCACAAAUCUGAGGUGGCUAUCAAUGACAACACGGAAGGAUACAACGGCGCAAAACCAUUAAAACCUUCAAUACCUUCUGCUCCACUCAAGAAAUACGGCGAUCUUUUUGCUUUAUCUGAUGAUGACAGUGAUGAGCCUCUAAGCGAAGAAAACGAACUUGUAACAGAUUCAUCACCUAAACCAUGGAUGCUCCUUAGUAAACAGAAACCGUAUAUCCCACCGCAUAGUACUCACCAGACUGAAAGGAAAGAAGAGGGCUCGAAAGUAAUGUACCGAGAUUUGUUUGAAUUAUUUGAUGACGAAAACGAUCAGCACCUUACUGUUCCUUCCCCAAACAGGCAAAUACCAGACCCCCUUUCGAAAGACUCCAGUUUGCACGAGGUGCUUCUCAACCUAUCUGAAGAGACUACCCUUCAGACCCCGUUUCAGCCUUCUCAUGUAUUUUCACCGCACCGUGAACUGAGAAGUCCUACCCCCCAGAGCCUGCCACCCCCCGCUCGGUCUCAUGGACUGAAAUAUCAUGAUUUGAGUUGUAAUUUGGAUUCUGAAGUGCCAGACUCAACCCGAUUUUUGUACUUUAUUGAUGAGACAGAAGAAGAUGAAUACAAUAACCAAAGAAAGGCAUUGAAAGAUGACGAAUAUGACUUGGAUGAAAUUAAUAUCGUCCCCGAAGACUAUGAGUUUGGCGAAACAGGCACUCGACGUAGCACACUAAGAUCUAGAUCUCGCAAUAAUUAUGGCACAUCCCCGAUGAGUUUUAAGGCUACGCAUAGUUAUCAAGGGAAACCCAUCGGCGCCUCGAAAGAAACUACCCCCAUUAACAGUAGACUGGAACUUAGUGAUAAAACUGUCACAUUUUUUGACAGUGACCAUUUAACGCAAAGUAUACAAGACAACAAAACUCCGCCGCAUUCACCAACAUUAUCGCCAACCGACGACUCUAUCAGCACCCCUACUUCUAAUACGUAUCCAAAACCCUCGCCAAACUACUCAUCCACAAGUUGUCAUUUUUUGAGUCCCAUUCAGGAGUCUCCCACAAUGACUAACUCCCCUAGGGGAAAUAAAUAA